GAAGACGUCACUGUACACCUGUACACCUUCGCAGGCACUAAUACCGUAUUGAGCUUUUGACUGCGAUCUCCUAUUCUCAAAAACGUUUGUCUGGAUCAUCAAGGGUUUCCAUACGGCUGUCCUUCUUGCGCUACGCACAGGAAAGUGGUCGACGAGUUCGCUUGAUGCUCAGCACCUAGCUGCACCAUAGGAAGAAAAUGAACGGAAGUCGGUCAAGUCAACAGUGUGCCAUAAUACAGACGUUCCGGAUAAACGUUUCAAGUCCAGCGGUUCUAAAUUAAUCGGUAAACUGGUCAACGUUAAGUUUUUGAAAACAUGCAACAAGACCAUCAUAACGCCACUGAAAAUCAAUCGUGUUGAAUAUUCAGAGUCGUCGCACGAACAGAAGGAGCGAUCCGUAAAAGAGGAGGAGGAGGAGGAGGCGGCGGCGGAGGAGGAGAAAGUAGGGGGAGAACCCGAACAAAAGCAGCACGGGCAACAAGACGAAGUUGACGUUUUUGGUGUUCCGUCGUUGUGGACUUAUCAGGCUGACGUACCGGAACAUCAGGAUCACAAGGAUCAGAGUGUUCAACGCUCCUGGCCGGCUGACGGUCACGCUGAAAAUCAAGGCGGCCGCACGCUCGUCUCGGAGAAGAGCGGUCGCCCGAAGACGCGGUUAGGCGAUUCGUACUCGGCGCGCAAUCCGGUGGCCUACACGCCACCGCAAGCCAACUACAGCGGCAGCAGGCGGCGGCCUUUACCGUUCACCGACACCGAAUACGGCGACAGCACGGCCGACAUGCUACAACAGUACCAGCAGCAGCCGGACUACACGCCGUACGGCGGCAUGGGAGGCUACGGCGCCCAGCCAAACUCCGGUUACUUCAACUACGCCGGUUCCGAGUCGUCAUGGUUCAAUUCGCCGUCGGCCGGCGAUCAAUCGCAAAUGCACGGCGGUCUAUCGCACAACGCCUGCAGCAUUGGAGAUAACGGCGGGCACUAUAUGAACCACGGUUACCACCAUUCUCCGACAACGGGAGCGACAGGCACGUCUUCGGUUGAAUCAUUCGCUUCCACAGGCGGCCAUGGGGCGGCAGCGUCCCAACAGCCCGAAAUGGACCCCAUGGCGGACUUCCUAAACCACCAGAACAUAGACGAAAACGACAAGAUCAAGGAGGAGUCGAUCGACUGGCUCUCGACCAUUAUUAACGAUGACGGGACCGAUCACCGACCCGACGACGUCAAACUGGCAGUCGGUGAGCUGCCCGCACCCGCCGCCAAAAGCCAAGAGUCCAACGGUCGGUUACCCAAUUUUCACCAGGCGUUCGGGUCCACCGAGAUCGGUAGGUUCUCCCAACACGAGUAUUACGAACCACCCAAAGACGCACCGGCCAUUGGCGGCGAGUGCGGUCCUCCGCAACCGGUCGUCUCGCAGCAGUCGGACGAACCUGUCGCGCCGCAGCCGCCAAUGUCGUACGAACUGCCCAGGCAACCGAGCCGGCGGGGUCGUGGACAACGCGGUGGCGGCCAACACAGACGUAACAAAAACUCCAGAACGUCGGUGGCCGCCGCAGCCGCUGCCGCGGCCGCACAACAGUACGUCGGCUACGACAUGGCCGCUCGGCACCAGUCGCCGUACUCCCAUCAAGACCCGUACAACGGCCGGAGUCACCACCAACAGCGGUACCCGGAUCAACAGUACCACCAACACCAUCAUCAACAGCAACAUCCGGCCGCUUACCAGAGUCACGAGUACUACCGACAGCAGCAGCAGCAACAGCAACAGCAUCAGCAACAACACCAACAGCAUCAGCAGCAACAACAGUACGACCGGAUGCACCAUUAUCAGCCGCCAACCGCGGCGGCCGCUUCCGGUAACCAGUACUACGGCCAACGGGAACAGUACGCAGCCGGUUACAACCGGUUUCACUCGUGCUGUUCCACCGAAAACAUAGCCAGACCCAACCAUCAAAGCUACGGUGGCGGCGGGGGAGGUGGCGGCCCUGGCCCCGGCCAGUACUACGGCGAGUACAACGCGUACAACCAGUGGUGAAUCUGCACCCACCUAAAACCUUCAGCCAACCAUGUCGAAUAUUGUAACGUGUAUGUAUAUAUUAUAUAAGUACAACAGCAACGCGGAAAAAAUAUAUCAUACAUCAACUGUGAUACAUAUGUAAUAUUUAUUUAUGCAUAAUAUUUAUAAACAAAUAUUAUGUGUACGGAACGCCAAGUUGAUGAAUAUUAUGUACAACAAUGAUUGAAAACAAAACCAGAACACAAGAUUCGCCGAGAGGAAUAUCAACAUUUCUUUUUUCCCGGACACAUAAUAUUAUACUCAACGAGUCAAUUAAAUUAAAACGCAAAUUCCCGAUAUAUACUCAUUGUUUUUUGUUUUUUUUAAUAGCUUAUGAUCGCUCGUCGCGUUGUAUGUGUGUAUAGUUUUUCGAAGAAACGACAGCAAGACUUCAAAAAAUAAUUAAGACAAUUUUUGUACGCGUUGCCGCCGCUUGUUAUGCUGUCCAAAAAAAAAAAAACUGGAUUCUAUUCGACUACUCAGACGGCAAUUUAAGAUCUCUACAGAAGCUCUAAGUCCUCGAAAUGCUGCAAGACCGUGCAAUACGUUAUUUGGGUUCAGAAAGGCGCCACGUUCUCGACUGUUAAGGCGUUCAAAAAAAAAAAAAACAGAAAAAAGCGUACAAUAUUGUUCGAGAUGCCCGUAAACGCGACCGGUUUAAUUGUUUAUUAUAUAUAUUGUGAUGACUAAUAUUAUUCGUUGCUAUACUAUAUAUAGUAUAUAAGUCCUUGUGCCUUAUUAAUUAACGGUUAAUAUUACGGUAAAUCAUACACCAGUAUAAAAUAAAAUUUAUUGAAAUUUACUAUUAAUAAUAA